AUGUUUAAACUGUGGAAGCGUGCAAUAGAGUCAUCCAUAGCAUUGUCGCUAGAUGACGAUGAAGCCAAUGCACUUACACCUGACACGCUUCUUAUGAGGGUUGAGGAGUUCAGUAUCACAUUGCAGGCUGUGGAGCAUUCAUUCCCAGCUUUGCUCGUGGGCAAUGGUAAGGAGGGCCCUGAAGCUCUAAAUGAGUCUGAUGAUGGAAUCAUUAGACCCCAAGAAAAUCAGUUUGAGAAAUCACUUGAUGCCGGCGAUGAUGAUCACUUUGAAUACGACAUGCUCGAGCGUCUGGAGUCAUCGGCGCCACUGGGGUCAUUACCGAUCGACUCUGUCAUAGAGCAGUUGAACAGCGAGUAA